GCGCGGUGCCCCAGAGCCCCGGCUUCUGGAAGGCGCUCGGCCUGCUCUUGGGGCCGAGAAGCAGGGCGGGGAGGCGCGGGGUCUGGAGUCUGCAGGACCUGGCUGCGAAUCCAACCAGCUGAUUUCAAACUUUGCUGUGAUCUGCAAGUUAACUAAGUCUCAGUUCCUCGUUUGCGAAAUGUACUUAAUAGGCACCCCAGGGUGAACUAAAUUUGUCCGCAUAGACUGCAGCACUGUGCUUGAGAGGCGCCUUAGUGGGUAGGAGUCACUAAUAUCACUGAGUUUUGAUAGAAAUGAAGGUGCAUUGGCAAAGGUGUGCCCCAUGGCCGGGCAGGUUAGGAGGAGGGCCUGCUAAUAUUUUUUCUUAAAUUGUAAACAGCCAUCUGGAUGAGCAAUACAUUAUCAAAUUAUGAUUCAGAGAGGACUAUCACUGACUACUCUUUUUUGGGCAAACCUCCGCUUCAGGAGCUUCUGGCUUGAUUCCUAAGUGGAAGGUAGAGACCUAGGCCCUCUGAGUCACAACUCCAUCUCUCUGGGUGAGGACUGAGUUCCAGGACUGCUGAGUGGAGGCAGAACAACUGGGAUAGGGAAAAGAGAGGCCAAACUAGAUCAGAGGCUGGCGUGGGCUUCAGAAUCUACAAACUGGCACAGUUAUGCCUCCGGGCCCCUAUUGCUGCUUCACGUUUGACCAAUCAAAAGUAGCUUAAGGGCAGCGUGUUGGCCAAUGAGACUUUAUUGUGAAAUAAAAUGCCCUCAGUUUCAUGUAACUGAGCCACCAUAGAGGAGUGGAGAAAUCGAGUUGGCCAGAUGAGGGAGAGGCCAUUAAGAGGUAUUUUAGGGAUUGAAUGGGCUGGGCACCCCGAAGACAGUGGCAUUUGGGGUGGUAAUAAGAAAGAACAUUAGGGGCCUCCGCCUCCUUCCUGCCUUUCCUCCUGUGCUGCGUCAGUCAGCACAGAGGCUGCAGGAGGUAUCUCUGGUUGGCUUUGGCUGCCUGUGGGGGGCACCAGCUUUGGGGAGGUCAGAGGGCUCUCUCCUGAGCUGCUCUCCUGCCCACAAUCACACCUGCCUGAUGCCUGUGAAUGGCUGUCUGAGUCUCCUGGGCCUUGGUCACUUCUGGCCUGCCCUGCACCGACCAGUAACUGUGCCUGAUGACUGGAGGUAUUGGAAUUCACUGGACUUUAUUGUUCUUUGUAGGAAUCAAAGAUCAGCUCCCACUGAGGACAAAUGGACCUGUAAUUCCGGGUGUGACGAGAGAACGAGAUUUACCUUCCUGAAUUAAAAAACAGGUCAUUAAGCUUGGGCCCUGACUCUUCUUUGUGAGAAGGUACAGAGAUGGAAUCCUUACAAUCUGAGACUAAAACGAGGGUCCUUCCCUCAUGGCUGACAGCCCAGGUGGCUACAAAGAAUGUUGCACCAAUGAAGGCCCCCAAGAGGAUGAGAAUGGCAGCAGUGCCAGUGGCAACAGCAAGACUCCCUGUGACAAGGACUGUGUACUGCAUGAAUGAGGCCGAGAUAGUCGAUGUUGCUCUGGGAAUCCUGAUUGAGAGCCGCAAACAGGAAAAGGCCUGCGAGCAGCCGGCCCUGGUGGGGGCUGAUAACCCAGAGCACUCCCCUCCCUGCUCCGUGUCACCUCACACAAGUUCUGGGAGCAGCAGUGAGGAAGAGGACAGUGGGAACGAGGCACUGGCUCCAGGCCUCAGCCCUUCCCAGAGGCCGGCGGGUUCCAACUCUGCCUGCAGCAGGAGCCCUGAGGAGGAGGAGGAAGAGGAUGUGUUGAAAUACGUCCGGGAGAUCUUUUUCAGCUAGGGCAUAAACUCUGCACUGAACUGUCUGCCGAGAGCAGCUGGAGGACAGCUGAGCUUCCACUGGUGCUGCUGGGCCGCCCGCCUGUGGGAAUGGGGCUCUCUGUGCUCCUGCCUUUUUGCCUUCUUGGGCCUGGCAGAUUCACCUCAGGCCAGAAGCCCCUGGACACUGCAGGCCUUGGGGCUGCCGUUCUGAGUGUGCGGAAGGCAGGACUCAAAAUGAGAUCCCAUUCGACUCAGUCUGUAUGUACUGUGCCCUCUCCCGGCUCUGAGGCUCUGGAAUCCCAAUUAGUUAGUCAGUGACCAGUGUGUUAGUCAGUGACCAGGUUCCAGGGAAAGUGAUGUCAUUUGGUGGUCCAACUUACUGGAACCAAAGAGACAGUACUUUUCAAAGAAAAGGAUCACUGCCAGGUGCACUGGAAUUGCUACAGUUUAGUCCACAUGAUCUCUCUUGAAGGAGGAAGCCUGUUUCAAAAAUAGUUUCCAUCAUGAGUCUAUCAAUGAGAUCCCACCUCUCCAGCCAGCCUAGAAAGCAAACGAGCUGCCCACAGUUAUCUGCCCUGUCUGGGAGGUUGAGGCCACAGUGUAUAGACUGGUAAGCCAGACAGGCCUCCUCCCACAAGCUGCUAUCUUGCUUUCACCUGUACCUUGGUCCCCGGGCAGCUAGCUAUAAGGCAAGAGGGACAGGAGCCCAGAAGAGACACUGAGGACAAGAGAUCACACCAGAGUACAUGUUUCUGCCUUUGUUUUCGUUGUGGCUUUGGACAGGAAUAGAUGAGUAAAUCACUUGCCACACAGGUUUUCAAAUACACAGGUGCUGGAAAAUACACACAGUUCCCCAAUGUGUAA